AUGAACAUUUUAUCAACGUUAUUCAUCAUAGUGUUUUCUAUUACACAGGUAAAAAACGAGAAUAUAUUAUCAGAUUCUAGUGAUUGUCAAACAAAAUGCCCAAUUCGGCGUCAAACCAUUCGAUCAUACCCGCCCGGUACAUUAUUGUUUGUUGGUGACGAAUGUGUGUGUGGUAAUGCUCAAGAAACCAUAUACGAAUAUGUACCAGCUGUCCAGCCGGUGGGUAAUAUAGCAAUACCGGUUGUUCUUAAACCGAAAAAAAUUGAAUCUCAGUCCAAUAAUCGAGUAAUGGGUAAUUACGGUUCUCUUGUGUUCUCGGCUAAUAUUGAAAUAUUGAAUUUACUUCGCAUUACAAACGAUGACGCACGUGCAGGAUGUGACAAAAAAGAAUCCAAUCCGUCAAAUGAUAGACUAAUUUCUACUACUAAUAAACCUACAGCAGAAUAUAAUACACCGACGACAAUACCAAUUCUACCCCCCGAGAGUAAUGUAACUAAUGACAGUUCGGAGGUACUAACAUCGAUAGACAUUCAAAUACAAACGUCUACUGUUCGUUCAAAACAAAAGGAAGAUCCAAAAGUCUUUACAACCGAAACUCAUAAUGUGAUUUUUAAACAACCUAAUACACACAAUGUUUCAAACAGUAAAGAAAGAACAAAUUUAAGUGAUCAAUUUAAAGUUAUGAUAAUCGAUUCGUGUUCCAACAAGAAAUCUGAUUUAGAAAUGCUUAUAAGAAUUACUGAUUCAUUUAAUCUUAAUAAUUAA